AUGACCGGCGUACCCAAUCCAGCUCGCGCCAUCAAAGAGAAGAUCGAGCACCCGUUCGGAGGGCAUCUGCGCGAGAAGCUCAGAGACACGCACCUCGACGAUAUCAAGGCCAAGGCCUCCCACCUCAAGAACAAGCUCGGCAAGGUCAAGAACAUCGUGAACACGAACCACCGCCACGACGAGGAGCACGAGCAGGAGACGGACCGCAAGCGCAACCAGAUCGCCGAGUCGCACCGCUUCCAGAGCUACGCGCCGGAAAGAGACGGCAACGAUAUAAAAUGGUACAUCGACGGGCGGGACUACUUUUGGGCCGUCAGCGUGGCACUGGAGCGAGCGGAGGAGACGAUAUACAUCGCCGACUGGUGGCUGUCGCCGGAGCUGUUUUUGCGGCGGCCGCCCUACUUCAACCAGGAAUGGAGGCUCGACCAGUUGCUGAAGCGGAAGGCGGAGGCCGGCGUCAAGAUCUACGUUAUCGUGUACAAGGAGGUCGCAGCGGCAUUGACCUGCAACAGUGUACAUACGAAGCACGCACUUAUGGGCCUGUGCCCUGAAGGUAGCAAAGGACAUGGCAACAUCAUGGUCAUGCGACACCCGGAUCACAACGUAUUUGAAAACCUAGGGGACAUGACGUUCUACUGGGCACAUCACGAGAAAUUCAUCGUGAUCGACUACCGCAUGGCUUUCAUCGGCGGCCUCGACCUCUGCUUCGGGCGCUGGGACAGCAGGCAACAUCCGCUCGCAGACGUGCACCCAGCCGGCGUACAGAACGAGGUCUUUCCUGGGCAGGACUUCAACAACAACCGCAUAAUGGACUUCCAGAGUGUCGAGGAUUGGAAGUCCAACGAGUUGAGCAAAGCGGAAUUCGGCCGUAUGCCGUGGCACGACGUAGCUAUGGGUGUCAUCGGCCCCUGCAUAUACGACAUCGCCGAGCACUUCGUCUUGCGGUGGAAUCACUGCAAGCGCGAUAAGUACAAGCGCGAUGACCGGUAUGAGUGGCUUACGUUGGAAGGCCGCGAUGGUGAAGACGAGGAUUUGAUCGGUGUACAGAGGCCGAAAUUUCCAAUGGGAGGAUACGACCACCAUCCAUUACAUCCCUUCAACAUAUCAGAUCUAGAAAACAAAGGAACUGUGCAUGCGCAAUUAGUCAGGAGUAGUGCGGACUGGAGUAGUGGAAUCUUGACAGAGCAUAGUAUCCAGAACGCGUACUGUGAGAUCAUUCGGAGUGCGGAACAUUACGUGUACAUAGAGAAUCAGUUCUUCAUCACUGCAACGGGAGAAGACCAGUCACCCAUACACAAUAUGAUCGGCGCCGCGAUAGUAGACGCAUGCGUGAGGGCUGCAAAGGAGAAUAGAAAGUUCAGAGUCAUCAUCGUCAUACCGGCCAUACCGGGCUUUGCGGGAGAUCUACGAGACGACGCUGCUACGGGAACACGCGCCAUCAUGGACUACCAAUACAAGUCCAUCAACCGAGGCGAGAACUCCAUCUUCGGACAGAUCGAAAAAGAGGGCAUAGACCCACGCCACUACAUCUUCGUCUUCAACCUCCGCUCCUACGACCGUGUCAACUUCACCCCCGCCAUGAAAAAGCAAGAAGAGAAAUCCGGCGUCCGCUACCAAGAGCUCCAGCGCGCCGAAGCAGAAGAGAUCAUGGGCUCCGGCAUCCACGGCGCCGCCGAUGACUCUUCCUCUUCGAGUGAAGGCGGUUUUGACGACGACUCAGGCGACGAGGAGCGUGAGCGCCUAAUAGACAGGAAGAGGAAGUUCGAGGCGCAGAGGGAGGCCGCUGGCUUGAAGGAUGAAAAGGUUCCCAGUAAGGACAGUAUCGCUGAGGAUGCUAUGCUGGAUGAGGGAAAGCCGUCAAAAGAGCCGUGGGACGACGGAGAUGAGGACAGCGAGAAGAACAACUUUGUGCAGGAGGAGCUGUAUAUCCACGGCAAGGUGCUGAUUGUGGACGAUAAGACGGUCGUGGUGGGGAGCUCGAACAUCAACGACAGGUCCCAACUCGGCUUCCACGACUCCGAGCUCUCAAUCGUAAUGACCGACACCAAGCCCCUAGAGUCCAAAAUGAACGGCAAACCCUACACCGCCUCCCACCACGCCGCCACUCUCCGCCGUACCCUCUGGCGCGAGCACCUAGGCCUGCUCCCCGCCCAAACCCUCGACGGCUCCAAAGAUCCCAAUGCCCAGCCGCCAGGCGAUGGAGCCAACGAACUCCACGAAGACAAACACUACGAAUUUGUAGCCGAUCCGCUAUCAGAUGACCUAUGGGAAACGUGGUGCGAGUCCGCAACCACAAACACGCAAGUCUUCAAAGAUCUCUUCCAUGCGGACCCAGACGAUUGCAUCAAGACGUGGGCGGACUACGAGGAAUUCCUCCCUGAGACGAAAGCUAAGAGCGGGGAGACGCAGCAGCUGCACAAGCAGGGGCAUAUCUUCGAGGUUGAGAAGUGGAGCAGAAAGGAAAUUACGGAACAGCUCGACAGGAUUCGCGGGCAUUUGGUGUGGAUGCCGUUGGAGUUUUUGAGGGAUGAGGAGAUGGCGGAGAAGGGGCUGCAGGUUAAUGCUUAUACGGAGAGUAUUUAUACAUAG